CGAUAUUGCAACAGUAUUGCAACAUCGAUCAAAUCUAUUGUUGUUCUACUGGACGAGUUCAACUGUUUACAACCCCUGAAAUACCCCUGCUUGCACUAGUAUCCGCACGACCCUUUCAGUAUGGUUCUUGCCGACCUCGGGCGGCGCAUAAACAGCGCCAUAUCGUCCCUGAACCGGUCUCCAACAAUCGAUGACAAACAACUCGACGCAGCCCUCAAAGAGAUCUGCACCGCCCUUCUCGAAUCUGAUGUUAACGUCAAGCUCGUUGCUUCCCUUCGUUCUCGUGUGCGAACAAAAGUCAAGGCUGCUCUAGAGGGAGGUGCUGAUAAGGCAAAAGAGGCACAGAGGAGAAAUGUGGUGCAGAAAACAGUCUUUGACGAGCUUGUCAGUUUGGUCAACCCGGGGGUGGAGCCGUACAAGCCCAAGAAGGGACAAUCGAACAUCAUCAUGGCUGUUGGGUUGCAGGGUAAUGGGAAAACAACAACAUGUACAAAACUCGCCGUCUACUACCAGAAGCGUGGGUUCAAAUCCUGCAUCGUCUGUGCAGAUACGUUCCGUGCAGGUGCAUUUGACCAAACCCGGCAAUCCGCAACAAAAGCCAAGGUUGCCUACUUCGGCUCGUACACCGAGACAGAUCCAGUAGUGAUUGCAGCGCAAGGUGUGGAGAAGUUUCGUAAGGAGAGGUUCGAGAUCAUCAUCGUGGAUACCUCGGGUCGACACAAGCAGGAGAAGGACCUAUUCGCUGAGAUGGAGCAGAUCAGCGCUGCUGUCAAGCCGGACAUGACCAUCCUCGUUCUGGAUGCCAGUAUUGGGCAGGCUGCGGAAGCACAAAGCAGAGCAUUCAAGGAGGCUGCUGACUUUGGUGCGAUCAUCGUGACCAAGAUGGAUGGACAUGCGAAGGGAGGUGGAGCAAUCUCUGCAGUGGCAGCAACACAAACACCCAUUAUUUUCCUGGGCACGGGCGAGCAUCUCUCCGACUUGGAACGUUUUGCACCGGAACCAUUCAUCAGCAAGAUGCUCGGCAUGGGUGAUAUCCAAGGCCUGGUAGAGCAGAUGCAGGAGAUGGCCCAGCGUGAUCCUGAGAAGCAGAAGGAAGUGAUGAAGAACCUAGAGCAGGGCAAGUUCAGCAUCAAGGAUUGGAGAGAGCAGAUGGGAAACGUAAUGAGCAUGGGUUCAAUAUCAAAGUUUGCUAGUAUGAUCCCCGGCUUACCCGACAUGGCCGGCUCAGAAGAAGAGAUCUCCUCGAAGUUUAAGCGAAUGAUCUACAUGACUGACUCGAUGACGGCCUACGAGCUCGAAUCGGACGGACUGUGUUUCGUGGACAUGGAGAAGGACGGGAAGACGCCGAUUGGAGUGAACUGGCGCGCGCAGAGGGUGGCUAGGGGCAGUGGGACGAGCGUUGCUGAGGUGGAGGAGAUGCUUUUCCAGUAUCGGAUGAUGGCGAAUAUGGCCAAGGGAGCUGGAGGAAAGAAUGGAUGGAUCCAAGCGAUGCAGAAGAUGCAAGCUGCUGCUGGAGGGAAAGGGCGCGGACCGAACGGGAUGCCUUCUCCUGCGCAGAUCCAGGCGAUGCAGAAAGCUCUCCCCCCGGGCAUGCUGCAGAAGCUGCGAUCAGGGGGCAUGGGUGGGAUUCAGGAUAUGAUGCGGCAGAUGAUGCCUGGAGGGGAGAUGCCAGAUAUGGCGGAGAUGCAGAGGAUGAUGCAAGGAAUGGGGAUGGGAGGGGGCAUGCCUGGAAUGGGUGGUGGGAGAGGAAUGCCGAAUAUGGCGGAUAUGAUGCGGAUGAUGGGUGGGGGAAGGUAGUGAGCA